AUCAUAAAUUUAUAGUCAUUGUUCACUUGAGUUUCACAUUGACACUGAAAUUGAUAAAAUGAAAUCCAUGUAUCAGUUAGUAUGUUUAAUACUAGCUUUUGUUAUCAGCGUCCAAUCGAUUGAAAUCCAACCUCGAAGAGCUGCUGAUUGUGCUCUUUUGUUGAACAAAAUCUAUUGUUAUGGUGGAUAUGUUAAAGGUUCUGGGGACGACGAUAGCUUGGUUGUACUUGAUAUUAGCAAAAACAACGGUCAACCUUACCAGAAUUUAAUAAGUCAGUGGUCAAGUGUCACAACUGUACCGACAAGUAUUGUAUUUGAAAGACGUGCUUUUCCUCAGGCUGUGCCAUUACCUGAUGGAAAGAGCUUGUUGAUACAAGGUGGCUACAAUUAUAGAAACUCCACUAUUAAAGAUCAAACAAUUGUUUAUAAUGCCGAAACCAAUACAUGGAGCAUUUUACCAGAUUAUGAUGAUGCUAGAAAUGGUGGCAGUCGACAAAUUUAUUAUGGAACAGGUGUAUAUAUAGACUAUUUGAACAGUAUUGGAUUUUAUGGUGGAUAUCAACAGCAUGUCCAAAUGGGGUCUGAUUUUGUAGCACCAAGUGGCGCAAAGAUUCCUAAUUUGACCUUUAAUAAUACAGAUGGCUACAGUAACAGUUACGCCGGCUUUUAUUAUUUCACUUUGUUUGAUUUAACCAAGAAAACCUGGAGCACUCCAUCACAGUAUAACUUGCCAUCGUAUCAUUAUAUAUCUCAAAGUGCAACCUAUGUUCCUUCAAACAAAAAAGUGUAUUACAUUGGUGGAAGUUAUUACAAUACGACUGAUGGAUCUGUAUAUAAUAUCUAUCUGAGUUAUGCCAUCACUUUUGAUACUAUAAGCGGAAAAUGGGAAUAUGCAUACAUGACUGGACCAGUUGUUCCUCAAGAAAGAAAAAUGCAUACAACGACAUUAUUACCUGAUGGGGAAACAAUUUUGAUGUAUGGUGGGACAAAUGACGAUACUUCAGCUCUUAUGGAUUACUGCUAUACUUUAAAUCUCAAAAGCAUGCAAUGGACAUACCAUAACCUUGUUGCUCCUCUUGGUGUAUCCGGACCAAGAUCGCAUCAUGCUGCUGUCAUGGUUAAUGAUACGAAUCUGUUUAUCAUGUUUGGAUUGAACAAAGACUCUAAUCCUACCAACGAUUUGCUUAUUUUGGAUAUUCGAGAUGUCAACAAGAUUGCAUUUGCAGACAAAUACCCCAUUGACCUUGAUAGUUCUGUUGGUAACAUUACGGGAAAUAAUGAUAGUAUCAAUAGAGAUAUUACUGGUAACGAAGGUUUAAGUACAGGUGCUACUGCUGGCAUAGCUGUUGGCUCUAUUGCUAGUGUUGGCCUUAUUACCGCUUUUCUCUUGUUUUUCCUAAGAAAGAAAAAGAAAAAUAAGAAUACAAAUGAUGCUCAAGUAACCAAUGGAUCCCCUGAAAGUCAAAUGCUUGAUGUUGAUUGGGACAAAAUCGAUAGUCAUUAUUACCAAGAAGUGCAGCCACCAGAACAGUUUUUGAAAUCGCAGCCGCCAAAUGAGUACCAACAAGCAUAUGUUUCGAGAAAUUCAGUGGCUGGAGAUCGUGUUUCUGAGCCUUCUUCAGCGACUGUAGUUUCUCCGGAUGUGAGAUUGACAGAACACUCGCCGAGAAUGGUAAUGCAUGCUGUAAAACCUAAUGGAGGACAUUAAUUACCGUUUUUUAAUUGGUGAUCAUUACAUAUAAUAUUAACUUGUAAUUCAAUAAUAAAAUCAUUAAUUUUUUGACAGUUCUGAAG